UAGAAGAAGAAGAAGACUCUGCCUGCCUCAGUCAAUUCUUCUCAUCCGCAUCAGAAUCAGAGAAUCAGCCGACCCCACAUCCCCAUUCUUCUUCUUCUUCCUCAAGUUUCCUCUCCUUUGUUUCUUCCUCAAGUCUCUCCGUCCUCUUCCCCCACAUUCCCCCUUCCUCUCUGUAAAGCCUGCUCGAUUUUACCCACAACAGCACUCAACUUCCGAUGGCCACCGUAUCCCAAUCCUCCGCCUUUAUAACCAGACCCACUACCCUUUCUCUUCCCACAUUGCUCUGAAAAAACCCCAACCCCAAUCACUUCUCAGUUCCAAUCCUGUUCGCGCGCCCUCACACUUCCUUCCUUCUUCGAUUUCCAGAGCUGGGUUCCAUGGAUUCUUCCGAAUUCGUCAAGAGCCACCGCCCCCUCCGCCGCCUGAGGUGCUCCGUCCAGCACUACGAUUGGGGCAGAAUGGGGCAGGAUUCCCUUGUCGGAAAGGUCUGUGCUUUGAAUUCUGGUUCCGAGAUCCAGCUCGACAAGCCCUAUGCUGAGUUCUGGAUGGGGAUCCAUCCCUCCGGCCCCUCUUUCGUCGCCGACGGUGCUGGGAUUGGGAUUGCGAAUGGGAACGGGAACGGGAAUGGCGCAGCUAUCAACUCCCACCCUCACUCCGACGCUGCUGCGUUGAGUUUGAAAGACUGGAUUGUUCAGAACCCUUCCGUCCUCGGUGAUAAGGUUUUGGAUAAGUGGGGGUCUGAUCUCCCCUUCUUAUUCAAGAUACUUUCUGUGGCAAAAGCACUGUCAAUUCAGGCGCACCCAGAUAAAAAAUUGGCAAAGAAGCUCCAUAAAUUGCACCCAAAUAUAUACAAGGAUGGCAGUCACAAGCCUGAGAUGGCUUUGGCCGUAACAGAGUUUGAGGCCCUUUGCGGGUUCGUCUCUUUUGAGGAGCUUAAAGAUGUUGUCCGUUAUAUUCCGGAGGUUGUAGAAUUGAUUGACAGUGAAGACACAAGCCAGCUACUGCAUAUCAAUGACCAAGUGGAGGUUGAAAAAGUGAAAUCAAUACUGAGAUCUAUUUUCACCCAACUGAUGUCAGCUAGCAAGGAGAUGACAACUGAAGCAGUAUCCAAGUUGAAGAUCAGAUUGCAGAUGCAGAGCCAGGUGCGGCGGUUGACUGAUAAAGAAAACCUGGUCUUGAAAUUGGAGAAGCAAUAUCCUGGCGACAUUGGUGUCAUAUCAGCCUUCUUUCUUAAUCAUGUCAAGCUUAAUCCUGGUGAAGCUUUGUAUCUUGGUGCAAAUGAACCACACGCCUAUAUCUCUGGUGAGUGCAUUGAAGUUAUGGCAACAUCAGAUAAUGUCGUGAGGGCUGGCCUUACUCCCAAGCAUCGGGAUGUCCAAACUCUUUGCUCUAUGCUCACCUACAAACUGGGGUUCCCAGAAAUCCUUAAAGGGUUUCCAUUGACUCCAUACAUCACAAGAUACCUACCUCCAUUUGAUGAAUUUGAGAUGGACCGUUGCUUUCUCCCAAAAGGUGCAUCCACUGUGUUUCCAGCUGUGGAGGGCCCUUCCAUUUUUGUCAUAAUAGGAGGCGAGGGAGCAAUGCAGGCAGGGUCGACUUCGACUAGAGAUGUAGUGAUGGAGGGUGAUGUCAUAUUUGCCCCUGCAGGUACCCAGAUCAACGUGAAGACGGUAUCGGAGUUGCAUCUGUAUAGGGCCGGAGUAAAUAGUAGAUUCCUCCAAACACUCUGAAAGUUUCGUGGUGGGGUGAAUUCAGCACAGACUAUACCCAGCAAAGUUAACUUCCAGUUCUUUUUUUCUCUUCUUUUCAGGGUGAAAGAGUAGAGUUUUAUGUAGUGUUCAAUUUUGGUUUUGGCCGAUGGACUACAGGCGGAGCCUUAUACCUUUUAGUUACCAUGUACUAUAAUAGAUGCUAGCGUAUGUAAAUGCAGUGAAAAGGUAUAGCAAAAGUUCUAGUGGCAAAGAAAUUCAAUACAGGUUUGAUCCUUUG